CGGAUGGCAUAAGUUUUUAGCUUGAGCAAAGUUUGGGGGCAAACUACUGCAGUGUCUGAAAAACAAGUUUUAGUCAAGAUUUGUACAUCAAACGUUACGGAUAACACGCUUCGUCAACGCGUAAUUACACACACACACUCAUACACACAUAUAUAUACGCGCACUUUUUUCCAACGCACCUGCUUGUUGAAAAUAUCGAUUUGAAGCUCAAGAAAAAAAAUGAGAUUUCUUGAAAAUUCCAUACUACACUUCCUUGCACUGUUCGCUUGUGUCGCACUAACAACCGCCGCAGUAAUUUGUGUCGAUGAGUCAUCUUUGGACAAAACGCAAGCAGCAACCGGAAAAGUCAAUGAACGGCAGUGGAAUGCAACUGUGGUAAAUGGCAAAGAUCAAGCAGCAGAGAUUGACUAUGAUGUGCACAACAACUACACCGAUGUGGGCGCCCCUGUUAAUGGCAGUCACCAUGGCCAAAGUCAAGUUACACAGUUCCUGCAAACGGUACAGGAUACAUUGGAGAAAGCGAAACCUUGGGUGGUUGAAAUUGAGAAGGAGGCCAAACGAUUAGAAGAGACCGCUAAGCGCUUUGGGGAGGGCGUCAUACGCGGCCUUGGCAGUUUUGUGGACCGUCUAAUUGGUGUGGGCCACGGUGGCGUGAAACCAACAAGUAAUGCCGGAAUAUCAACAACCAGACCAGCGUAUGCUGAAAAUGUAGACGACAAAACCCCAGAUUUCACCGCCACAACCGCAGCAGCAACUGUUGCCGAAGUGUUGCCUGAUAUUGCGGCUCCAAGUGUGGCUGAUGUUGCCGCUGCCGCCGCCGCUGCCAAUGAUGCAGAGAAUGAAAUAUCUGGACAGCAAGACGAUAACGCACUUUGUCCCGAAGGCUUUGUGGCCGAUGUAAAUGGCAUCUGUUUGCGCAAUCACAAUUGAAAUGAUAAGCGAUGAGCGCAAUUUACUUGUUAAAUGGGAAAUUCAGCAUUCAUUAUAGAAAUCAUUCGCAAUAUUUAUGCAAUUCAUUUAACUCAAUUACAACGUAUUGUUUAAGCCUAAUCAAGUAAACUGUUAUAAUUUAGUGUAAAUCCAAAAUAAAAGGUGUCAUCUUAAAAAAGAAAAAUUCAAUGUAUACGAAUUACGGUCUUAAAGGUGCCGGAAAGUAGUCACUAAAAUACAAAAUAGUUAUUAUUCAAAUUAAUUGUAUAGUCUACUAAGCAAGUGGUGGUAUACUUAGGCCAACGAAGCAUCAGACAUCAGAGUAUUUUUCAAAGACAUUCGACUGGAAUCAACUACAAUUCUCAGCCCCACCGAAAACAGGUGACUAGGUGACAGGUGGUAAUUUGAGAACUCAAAGAAGAAAAAACUCAGACGGGUUAGUUGAAUGUGUAGAAAUUAGUCGAGUUCUUGGUCAAAAUUAUAACUUUUUGAGAUAAUGUGUUACACAGGCCGACUUUUCCAAGUGUUACAUUCGUAUAAAGUGACCACUGAAGAAAUUUAAUACUGUAAAGACAAAAAACGUUAUUUUCGAGACAAAUAAAAACUAUUUAACAUACACAAAUGGGUUUAAAA